UUGAAGCGAAUCCAAGCGGAACCAGUUUUCCUUGCAUUGCAGCAGUAAUUAAUUGUGGUUCCGCGAAAGAAAACGCACCGGAUCGUCGGGAAAAGGGAAUCCCAUCCAAGCAUCUUGACAGAUGCGCAUUGCUCGCGGUGCGCAUCAUCUUGACCGUGUGUGAAGCAGCUGCGACAAGCAACACAGCAACACGAGCAAGAACAGCGGCGUGAAAAACGUGCGUGAGGUGUGUGUGGUUGUAAAAAUUUUCGCCACUUUCCGAGCAGCAGAACGUUCCGGAUGUAUUCUACACGGGUUAGGGCGGAAGCAGCAGUAGCAGUAGCAGAUACAGCUCCCGAAUACCCAGCGGAGGCACGGCGGCGGUGCACGGCAACUUUUUGAUUCUGUGACAGCAGUUUCCCCCCCCCCCCGAGUGCUUUGCAGAACUGUAGCCACUUGUUUAGUUUCCCAAAGCGAACUGCCCUCCGACGAUCGUAGUAGUCUUCUUUUAAGUUCCGCAAUCGAACAUUCGUCUGCAGGUCUAUGAGCCAGGAACGCAGCGAUUGAUACGUUUCCUUUUUUUCUAUUUAUUUUUUCGGUUAGUCUGCUUUUUAGUUGCGUCCCGCAGUCCCGGUCGUUUGAAGCAGUGUAGUUCUCUAUCGGUGGGUACGCGUUAGCCCGCUGCUUUCCGUUCCGCGUUUGUUCCGUGCAUCAGCGUGCGAAAUCGCAAAUCCGCGUCAUAGGAGAUAGGAUAGUGCUGCGUACAGAUUGACAGACUCGAAUUUGGCUUUUUUUUUUGGGUGGCUCUGUGUGGCAACUGUGUGUUUAAUCCGAGGAAGCGGAAUAGUCUGGCAGAAGAGAGUACCACGAGCAAUUGCAUAAGCAAGCAAGCACAGCCUACAUUCUUUGUGCACGGAUUCCGUACGCGCCCGUUGCAGUAAUUCCCCAUCCCAGGCGGAGAAUAUUAUUAUUAUUCCGUAGAACGGCGGAGUGCUGUCAUUCGGAAUUGCAGAAAAAUCGGAAACGGUGCGAGUGCGCGAAAGAAAGUAACAGACAGCAGAGAGACGGGAAAGAACUCGUCGGCAAGACAAAAACAAUAGUGCGCGACCGAAAGAGACGGAAGACUGAGCGGAGCAGCAGUGCGAGAAGAGAGAACGAGAGAGAAAGAGAGAGUGCGCGCAUUGAGAUUCGGUGUGGCGUGCAGUUGGCGUGUGCGCGCGUGUGCUAGAACAGGCAAGAGCAAUAAUACGGUACGGAAAGCGUGAGGCCGGGGGCGUGCGUGUGCAGCGGCGGCGCUUUGGAAGGAGCAAGUGAGAAGAUUCCGGAAGAGGCGGGCGUUACAGCAAAAAAAGCAAUGAACGUAAAACCCGAUACGAACCGACACGUACUGACGAUACAGGCGAAGAAGAAACGUCAUAAGACGGCGAAAAAGAAGGCGAAACAACAAGCGACGGCAGCAGUGGCGGCGGCGGCGGCGCAAGCAGCGGCGCAGAACAGCAAUAGUUACAGGAGCGGCCAGAAUCACCAGUCGGCUGCAACGGCGGCCUCCAUUGGCGGUGGUGCCUUCGUGGGCGGCGGGUCAGAACUCCACGAGGACGACGACGACCAUGACGAUAUGAUCCUGGGUACGUCGUCGGGCGCGGUGAUGGUCGGUGGCGUAGCGAUGAGCGACAGUCAGCAGUCGGUGACGGCGGCCGUUGCGGCGGACUCGGUACGGCGCGGUUCGAAAUCAGCUGUGCACAACGCGGUGGCAGCGCUGGACGCGACCACGAGCUCGUCGAACGAAACCAUCGAGCAGGACCGGGACCUGGAUCGGGAUGCCGAUGGGUACACGAGCGAGGAGGAGGAGCAGGAGUGCCGCGCAGACUACUGCCGCGGUGGCUACCAUCCAGUGAAGCUGGGUGACCUAUUUCUGCAGCGGUACCACGUGAUCCGGAAGCUUGGUUGGGGCCACUUUUCGACCGUGUGGCUUAGCUGGGACCUGGAGGAGAAGCGGUACGUGGCGCUGAAGAUCGUCAAAUCGGCGCAGCACUUCAGCGAAACGGCCAAGGAUGAAAUACACAUCCUCAAGACAAUUCUGGACGCCGAUCCGACCGAUCCGAAGCGGAACAAGGUGGUGCAGCUGCUGAACGACUUCCGGAUAACGGGCGUGAACGGUACGCACAUCUGCAUGGUGUUCGAGGUGCUCGGGCACAAUCUGCUGAAGCUCAUCCUGAAAUCGAACUACCGUGGCAUCCCGCUGGCGAACGUGAAGUCAAUCAUCCGGCAGGUGCUGGAAGGGCUGGACUAUCUGCACACGAAAUGCAAGAUCAUCCAUACGGACAUCAAGCCGGAAAAUGUGCUCGUGUGUGUGAACGAAAGUUACGUGCGUAAAUUGGCCUGCGAAGCGACGGAGAUGCACGCGAUGGGCUGCAAGCUGCCGAUAUCGCUCAUCUCCGCCGCGCCACCCCAGUUCCAGGAGCAACCGUUGAGCCAGAACAUGAGCAAGGCGAAGAAGAAGAAGAUGAAGCGAAAGGCCAAGAUGCAGUCGGAGCUGAUACGGCAGCAGAUGGAGCACAUUCAGCAGCUAGAGUUUGGCGGCAGCACUGUCGGAGUGUCGUCGAGUGCGGGGACGGUGGGACUGCUGGAAAACGGAACCGACGGAACGAUGGAUGCAGGCAAGACGGCAUCAAUCGUUGGCGAGGAGCUGGGUGCCAGUGCGGGACUGAAGGGAGGUCGUGCCACGGCACUUAGCAAUACAGUCCCAGCAACCGGUACCGGCAGCACUACCACGACGUCCGCUGGCACGACCCUUAGUUCUCCGCUCGAAAGGAAAGAGGCGACCGAGACGAGACGGUUGCUAGUGAACGGUACGGCUGGUAGUGGAGUGGUGGGCAGUAAGGAGAGUGGCGGUGACGCCGGUACGCCAUCGUCCGGGGACGAAGAUCGGCCAACCCUGACGCCGUGCGCAUCGACGCUUUCCAGUCCAUCGAGUAGCGAGGCAACGUCUUCGAACAACAAUGACGAUGUGUCCAGCGACCGGAAAUCGUCGCCCACCCGCAGCGCUGCUACCAUGCUGGAGAAGGACGCGGACGGCGAUGGGGAGCGAGAUCCGAAAUCACCGGACAAACCUUCCUCCUCCUCGGUGCAUUCGGCGACGUCCGCGUCGAAGCUCGACAUCAGUGAGUCGGUGCGCAAAAUACUGUCCUCGGUGCAGGAAAGCAAAGAUCCGGCGUUCGAAGUGUGUGACAUUGACGUGAAGAUUGCCGAUCUCGGGAACGCGUGCUGGGUCGACAAACAUUUCACCGAUGACAUCCAGACGCGCCAGUACCGCUCGCUGGAGGUCAUCAUCGGGGCCGGGUUCGAUACGUCGGCCGACAUCUGGAGUACCGCGUGCAUGGCGUUCGAGCUGGCGACCGGCGACUUUCUGUUCGAACCGUUCUCCGGCAAAGAUUACUGCCGGGACGAUGACCACAUCGCGCAUAUUAUCGAGCUGCUGGGACCAAUCCCGAAACGGAUCGCGCUGUCGGGCAAGAACUCGAGCCAUGCCUUCAACUCGAAGGGGAUGCUGAAAAACAUUACCGGCCUGAAACCGUGGGGCCUGGUCGAUGUGCUGAUCGAGAAAUACGAAUGGCCGGAAGAGGAUGCGCUGGAGUUUAGCGAUUUCCUCAAACCGAUGUUGGAUUACGAUCCGCGAACGCGUGCCACAGCCGCCGACUGUCUUCGGCAUUCGUGGUUGAAUCACUGAGGGGAUAUGAUGACCCCCAAAACUGCAAAGACCAAUGCACACCGUGACCGGGGCCGGAGUUUGAGUGUUCGAGCAAGAGGUGCAUUAUAUGAAGGGCAAGGGCUUUUUCGAGUGUGUGUGUGUGUGAGUGCGCAAUGGAAAGAAAACAAAGGAACCGUCGAUUGGGGAGUUGGUGCGCGGAUGUAAUGUGUCGUUGGCAUGGCAACACUCUUGACACGGGAAUGACAUAAUGGUGCAGUGCAGGAUGCAGCGAACGUUGCAGUGGGACGUGGGGGCCACAGUGGAAACAAUGAGGAGUGCAGAAUUGCCUAGCAAACACGAAAAGUGAUAGCAAGAUGCAUAAAGGCAAAUGAAAACGAAUCGGAGACGGUGGUGUGAUGUGUAGGCGAUAGGAAAAUGGAAAUGAAAAGCUCAAAAUGCGUUGUGUAAAGUGUGCUUGUUGCGAAAAAUGUUCGAUUGGAAAGCCAAGAAGUAAUAUGCACACCGGUGUGCGUGUGUGUGUGCAUCGUAAAGUGUGUGAUCAGGGCGUAUACUACCGGGAUACUGUCGGGUUUCCAGUGCAAACGGGGAAGAACGACCCUCCAUCCGCGCACUCAACGCAGCAGAGGGCAGCAAGCGGUCUCGCCCCGUUAUCCUCACGUCUGGAGUUCAGUUAUUCGUCAGCAGGAACAAUCGAAUCGGUUGGUUUGUUACAGUGACGGGGAUGGUGAUGAUUGUUGGUGUUGAUGAUGGUUGGCAUUUGUUGCGCAGAAGAAGAAAUUUUGCCCCAGAACACAACCCAGUGCAGCAGCAGUUUGUGAACGGUUGCUUUUUUAUGGCACAGUCGGUAGCAUGUAGUAGAAUAUGUAAAAUAGCAGCGGAGAGACCCAAAAGGAAGCAGUUUGUGUAGGAAUAAUAUCCCAAUAUCAUCCCCGCAUCAAACGAUCAGCUUUAUAAAUUAGAACAAUAGAUGCUUAAUUUUGCAGGAAAUUAAGGAAAACCUAAAACAUCAAUGUGCCGUGUGUGCCCUCGUUAGCAAAACUAGAAGCGGAAUUGGAACGCGAAAUGCGCGAAAUGUGAAUAUUGUCUAAAGAAAACUGUGUCCCCCAACAGAGGGGGCGAGAGGGUAUGAGAACAGAUUUUGAAACUGUAUCAUCACAAUCAGCAAUAGAGUUUCAACAAACAAACAACACACACAUACACACAGAAAGCUAUAUGCCAGCAAGGAAGCGACCGGUGCAAUGGCCAGGACAGGCACCCCGCGUGGUAAGGCAACGCGGUUAUAGGAACUUUACUUCAAGGUAGGAGCAAAACUUUCGUUACUAGUAAUUGAAUGGUACGCAAUGAAACAAACGAACCAGAACCAGGUAGCAACAUUUUUAAGGGAUCCUAGAAAAUAAUAUCGAUGCUAAGGAGGGAGACGAAGCGAAGUUACGAGCAGGGUAGCAGGCAGUAUCUUACACAUAAUUAUUAUUAUUUUUAUUACGAUUAUCUUGUUAAAACAUAAAUUAAAACAUCUCUCAAAUACACCACGAGCACCUUUAAUAAGCAAAAUCCGUAAAGGCAAUACCAAAUUGUGGCCCGUUUUUUUGUUGACAAAUUUGAGCCCAUACAAGAUGCAGAUGGGUGGGCGCCUUGAGUGGAUGGGAGUGUUUUUAGUGUGAGUCUGUGUGUGUGUGUCUCAUCUUUCGUUUCUCGUCUCGUACGUCAUAUAGCGACUCACGUUCAUAUAACCAACAGAAACCUCCCUUUCCGGAAAAUAAAUCGGCGGCUGCUGUACACGAUAUGCGGGAGCAAAGCAAUACCAGCAGCAUUUUAUACCGUUUACACACACACACAUACAAAAGCAGAUUACGUAGUCCGUCCUUAGAGAGGAAUACGACCGAAAACACACACAUACAAAAAUAAUCCAACAUACAAUUAUGCUGCACUACUAACUGCAGGACUUUCGUAUUGAUCUCACACGAUCCGAGAAGGAUCGUACUAGAAGGAAGGUCUUGCGUGAGAUGACAGACGCAGGUGUGUGUAUGUGUGGGAAAAUUUUCGUUUUCUUCUUCUUCUUCCAACUUCUUACCUCACCCAGUGGUGUUCGCGGGAUCGAUCGAUCGAAAGUACGCUAGACAGACUUUGGAUAUAUGCUUAGGGGUUCACUUGUAGCUGGCCAGUGCAAAAUUGUCAAAAAGAGCUAACAUUAGUGGACAAACGAUUUUGAAUUGGUUGCCCCGUUUACGAUCAUAAUCAUAAUCUUCCAGCGCCAGGUGGUAAUGACUGCAUAGGUAAAGAAUUGUCUGCAUUUGUCCUGUCGCGCACCGGAAGGACCUUUGGGGGUUUUAUUUAUUUGAGCUAUGGCUGGGGGGGGCUUAGUUAACACUCGAUAACUUGAUUCAAUGAGAGCUUCUACUGUAAACGUUAUCGAACCGGAAGUUGACGCCAAAUAUCAAUCCCCAGUGUAUGAGUCUAGAAGUAAUGUAAUAAUAGUGUUUGAAUGGCAUAAAGCAUGAGAGAGCUAAAGCCGGAACUCAUUAGCCACGUAGCGCUCUAGCAGGAUAGAUAGAGUAAAUACUUUCCUUUGGUCUGUCCACCGUUUUUGUUGUUGUUUUAAAUCCUCUUCCGGGCCAUGUAGGUUGUGCAUUUCUUACUGCCAAUCUAAACAGGGUGAACUUUUCUAGAAACCAUAAUAAUCUGAAGUAUUAUGGUAUUAUCUUUACUCGAAGCGGUUAAAAAUUAGAAUUUAUAGAGAAUCAUUCAUGUAUCACCUUCACCAUUCUACACGUUUGGGCUGUGUAGCAGGAGUGUGUAGCACGAAUGCAUAUGCUGGAUAUAAAGCUAAGCGCAUCAUCUACCGUCGCUUAUCACCCAGCUAUACGGAUUGCGAUCGUUUUUUUCCGUUGGAGUAAUCUGCUUGGUUGUGUGGAUGAGGGAGCCAGUAAGACGUAAAAGUAUGCAAUACUGUAGACUUGACAUUGACUUCAAACUGUUUCAGUCCCGUUUCCUGGAUUUUUUUUCUCACGAUCACAUGUUGAUGUGAUGGAGACAAGCAGCUAUUCACGGUUCACGAAUAGGUUAUGGUGCCAACCCCAAUAGAUUUCUGUUGGCUUUCAACACUGGUUGAUCAGCGGGUGAAGGUACUGGUGCAAGGUCUUCGGGCAAACAACACUCCUUGUCAACCGUUGUUGUACAAGUAUACGCAUAGUCCUGUAAGAUACAGACUUACAGGUGCUGGAACGUUUCAUAGUCGGUGUGGGUAUUAGCGCCUUAGCUAAGGUGGAACUCAGAUUCACACCUAUAUCCAGACGCCAUGGGACACCCGAGAAGCCAGUCACGUCACCCACGACAGCUAAGUAGUUGAAGAUGUCCAUCAGAACGGCCAAUUUGGAUAUACGUGAUGAGAUGUACUCAUACAUCUGUUUCACUUCCUGAUCGCUAUAGGAGGAAUAGACGUAGAGGAUUCAUACUCUGAGAAUCCGAGACGCUCUACCUAAAGGAGGAUCCUCUACGAGGGUAGACGUUUUUAGCAACGGGUCAUGCUGCUCGGUGCUCGACUUCUUCGAAAGUGUUUUCAGAGCAAAAGCUGUUUGAACAGCGACUUGAUCUUGCCGAUCUAUAGGCUUAGAUCCGACUGAUCUGACCAGUCCAGCUGGCUUUUUCGCAUUCGAUGUAGUUUGUGGAGGCGCCUCGGACUCGGAUUCAGCAACAGGGAGUUUGAUGAUUUUAUUAUUUUUUUUAAUGAUGCCCUAAAAUGUGCAUCAAACCAUUCCCUAGCCUUGUGCUUUGCAUGCUUUGUUACAAAAAAGAGAGGUUUCGUUCGCCAAAUCGAUUUCACUAUAUGUCAGGUAUAUGGAUAGUUUUAAUGUUACGGUAUGUUUUAGCCGUUACUAAGCUUUAGAGCUGAUUACUCGUUCGAAGUCCGUCUACCAUAAAUAGAUUUGUUAUUUCCAAAUGAUACCGUAGACCGAACGUUUGAUGCGAAGGAGUAGAGUAUUGAGAAAAUAGGAACAACUUUGGUUAGUAUAAUAAAAAAAAGUAAAACAAAGGUGAAUAGGACUUAAAUAUAAUUUCCUUAUUCGUUUUCCCAGUCCGGCGAAUACAACAUUGCUCAAUAUCAAAAGAGUUUCCUUUGUGUGAAUGUUAAUACAUACAUUAAACAUCAUUUGUGAAAUAUAAUUUUUGUACAUAUAAAAUCGUUUCUUACGCUUAAGUAUGCUAAAACACAUCCAAAUCAUUAUAUCCUCUCCUCGGUCUCGUGACACAGAUGUUCGACCGUCAAUACGUCUUCUCUCAUUCUACGCAAAUUGGCAUUUCUUAUUACCAUCAAUUUGAUAUUGGUAUUCCCGGUGGCCCUCCCCCGAAACCAUUGCCGGUCUGUCUGGGUCACCGGUAUAGGCUGGAAAUAUUGACUGUCUAGUGUUCUCUAUUUUAUUGGCACAGAUCCUUGAAUGUUCUUGUACAUGGAAUUUUAAUUAACGAGCAUGAAAGCGCGCCUAUUGUCAUGAAAUAUUUUCGGUAUCCUAAUUUGAAGGAUUCAGAAAUCUAUUGCGUGUAUUUUGUUUCCAAAUUUUAUUCGAAUACAAUUUAAAAUGCAUAGAAUGAGACGGGGAAAAAGUAACAACUUAUCUUUGAUUGAAACAGAAUCUCAGCCCAAAACCGUGCUCUUCAGUCCUCGGAGGGGAAAUCAGUUAUCUUUUCAUUUGGUUCCAGGCAAUGGCGUGAAUGUUUUUUAUUUUAUAAAUUAUACAUUCUGUUCGACAAUGUACAUGUCAGUAAGAGUAGAGCAAUCGCACUGUGUACCGUGGUGGAAAAAAAAUCACUUUCAUACUCAUCAUAUCCCCAUCAUUGCAUAGAACGUAAAACAUAUGAAAAAAACCGCAUCGUUGAAAUGGUAUCCGCCUGUGUAUACACAUCCAGUAUGACCAAAUUAUAGGGCCGACGGGGCCUGAUGGUGUAAAUGCUCUACCAUUUAGCAUUAUCUAAUAGUGGAACGCGUGUAAAAUAGCGCAGGCAGAUUGAUGACGCCGAAUUCCCGAUAGUCGUUGACCAUAGAUUUCAAUAGCGUUUGCGUUCACCGGGUGUGUAACAGGAAAAUGAUAAUGGGACGCGCCCAAUCUGUACCCUGGGCAUUGCACAUAUUCACCAGCAUCUGGGUUUCGAGUUUUCAUCAAAGCGCUCGUUUAUCAUAAAUCUUUGCCCCUUACACCACAAAACAAAACCCCGCUGCAAUAGAAUGUACCGGUCUAUAUAUAUUUGAAAACAAUCUUCAAUUUGUAUAACCGACACAUGAAUGCUGCUAGUUUUAAUUUGUGUUUUCGAAACAUACUGAUGUUAAACGUGCAUGUUUUUUGCAGUGCCAACAAACAAACCCAUUACGGCACUCGUAUCGUAUAUAGCCCCCUAGCUGUCAUAUAAUCGAAGGGUUCGAAGGAUGUCUGUGUUAAUCUAAUCUAGCAGGAAAGCGCAUUGACAAAGUGAACGAAGCAAACAUGAGUAAGAACAAGUAAGUAAUUUAUACAAAACAAAGCAAAAAACAAAACAAAAUAUAGUGAGUUAAAAAAAUAACAAACACAGAACAAACGUAAGGUUGAAUACACUAUGUGAAGUAGAAAACAAACUGUGUACUUUUGAUAAAUAUUUCGAUGUACCGGGAGAAGAGAGCACCUACUAUGUAAAUGGUCCGAAGGAAGGAAGUUUGAAACGAUAUACAGACCCGGUAAAGAUGUUGGUCUGGUACAUACAAGAAGCAUUAUGGAGGAUAACAGGGUGCCGGCUGAGGAACUGUUGUGAGGCAAGCGAUCCACAUGCAAAAAGGAUACCCCAAAAGGAUUGACGACAAAACCGAGCAAGCAAGUGGUAGGAUUUUCGAAUGGAAGUUGUGAGGAGUUAGGAGCAAAAAAUCGAAUAGAGAGAGAGAAAGCGGAUGGUGUUGUGGCUUUUGGUUUACUCUUUGUAUAAUUUUUAAACCAACCAUCAAUAUUGUAAUGUACGACACACACACACGCCACAGAUACACCAAACCUCAUCUACACACGAAAAACACAAAAGCUCACACAAAGUUACGCCGGGGGAGUAGUAGUAGGUAGGAGGAGGAAUGUGCAGCACACCACCCCAACACACCCAUCAUGAUGUGCAACACACACAGAUAAUGCAUAAUUAAAUUAGUUUUAUUGAAUCUUUCGAUACUCCCUCGAUAUAUUGAGUUGAGCGCGCGCGAACCUGGUAGUGCUGAAGCGUCGCUGAAACAUAUAUAUGUAUGUGCACGAUCAAGCUCUAGGCAAAACGUGGGGAAAAGGUCCUGGGGGAGAGAGGGAGAGAGAGCUAGUGACGAGUUGAGGCGCUAUAAAGGAAGCAGCAGACAGGUACGCACGAAAAACGCGGAUGACGCGCGAAAAUUAGAAAGACAAAAGGCAGACGGACAAACGGACGGACGCGCGCCCUCAGCCGCUGCAUACUCUGUUGUACGUCGUCUCGGUGUAAAAAAGCCUAUCGUUAGCACCUUAUAACCGGGUGGCAAAAGAGAGGGAGAGGAACGGUGGACGGUGUGCGUGCGUGAGACAUGUGAGACGACCCGAAAAUAAAAUAAGAAAUACCGCGUGUGACGAUCAGUUCAUGCGUCGACAACUGAA